UGUUUACAUUGAGUGCUAAGCAGUGUUGGCUUUUGGGUACGUAGAAAAGUCGACAUCAUGUUGGGCACGUUUAGUUCGGUCAAGCAAUAUCUCAAGUUCGAUAUAACGCGCGUGGUUAUCGAUAACAUUGUGUUUAAGCUCCAUUAUCGCUGGACCUUUGUGUUGCUGCUGGUGGCAACCCUGCUGAUAACAUCUCGCCAAUAUAUUGGCGAGCAUAUACAGUGUAUAUCCGAUAAUGUGGUUGCGCCCGUUAUAAAUACAUUUUGCUUCUUUACGCCCACGUUCACGGUGGUGCGUCACUUAAACAAUACAGCUCUGGAUUCUGGCUCCGUUUUUCAGCCCGGCAUUGGACCCUACAAUCGCAACGAAGACAAGAUCAAGCGCCACGCCUACUAUCAAUGGGUCCCGUUUGUGCUAUUUGGGCAGGCUCUUUGCUUUUACGCCCCGCACGCGAUCUGGAAGUACUGGGAGGGUGGGCGCAUCAAGGCCUUGGUCUAUGGACUGCGUAUGGUCGGUUUGACCAAAUAUCUGAAUAACGACAGCCUGCGCAUCGGCAAGCUGAAUAUACCCUCGAUGGCCGAGGUAGAGGAUCGUGUGAUCAACAUACGACGCACGAUGAUCGAUCGGAUGCGCUUGAAUCAAUCGUGGGGCGCACAUCUCGUCACUGCUGAAAUGCUAAACUUGUUGAAUCUGUGCUGUCAGAUCUAUUUGACCCAUCGAUUCUUGGGUCGUCAGUUCCUCACGUUAGGCAUUAAGGUGCUACGCGAGCGUUGGGUCGAUAAAAUGGACGCGCUCGAUAUUGUCUUUCCCAAGGUCACCAAGUGCACUUUCUUCAAAUAUGGCGCGGCUGGCUCACUCCAGGAGCACGACACGCUCUGCGUGAUGGCCCUCAACAUCAUGAACGAGAAGAUCUAUACUAUACUCUGGUUCUGGUAUGCCUUUCUAUUCACAAUCACCGUGCUGGGUCUUAUCUGGCGACUCCUGACGCUCUUCUUCUACAAGAAUGUCACCUUCACCCGACUAUCGCUGUAUUGGGCCAAGCCAGGCAAACUGGAUGGAUCUGAUCUGAAAGCUGUUAUCGAGAAGUGUAACUUCUCGAACUGGAUGUUUCUGUUCUUCCUGCGCACCAACCUAUCGGAGUUUCUGUUCGAGAAGGUCGUCUACCAUUUGGCCAGCGAGUUUCCCAACAGUCCCAUACACGACAACGAUAUCAACGAUUAUAAGGCCCGCGAGCGCGAGGCAGCCGGUGGCAGUUCCGGCAAAUAUCCUCCAUUGGAGAGACUGGACACGGUGGAUGCGCCCCUGCUGCAUCAUCGGGCGGCAGUUGGAGCCGGUACAGCGCCAUUGCAAACGCCAAUAGAUGGCGCCACACUGCCAGUUUGAUAGCUGCCCG